GUGCUAAAUAAUCAACUAGUACUAUAUUUAUCAAUAAAGAAAGAUAUCAGGUUAAAAUAAAUUUACAGCCCGAGUGUUUGAAAACCUAUAUGUGAACUAAAUUAUAAAAUGUCUAUGGAUAUAAAGUGGGGAAUUUAACUUUCAUACCACGGAUUACAAAUUCAUAUCGACAAAAAUGGAAGAUAUACUUUUAACAGAGAAAGUAAAAUUUUUAAUGAUAUAAGUAAAAUGUAAAGUAUAGAAUUAAAACGAAUAAAAAGUAUCAUAUUGCAUGCGGAAACUGAUUCAGAAAAACAACCUUAGAUCUUACUAGGUAAUUGCACAGAAACACUUGAAGGACAUAUUGAGUGAAAAUCCAACGGAAAGUUUACGAAUGACUGCAAAUUAUAUGGAAACAGUAAAGAAUAACUAAAAUUCUGAAAUACUCUGAGAAAUAAUAAUAAAUUGUGUAACAUGUGAAGUUUAUUAAGAGCCAGAACAGACACAGAUCAUGCUGACAAAAAAUCUCAAGGAAGCAUAACUAGUACACACUUCUUCUAUAAUAAUUUGAUUCAAAUCUUGUUAAAACAAAGACAGAAUAAGUGUGAAUAUUGAGUCUUCGACAGAUUUACAAAACUACAUUUCUGGACCACUUAUUGAAAACGAUCCUGUCAAGUACUGUUUAAAUAUCUCUUCAGUGCAAAACACUUCUGGUAGCAAACAUCCAAAGGCAGCUUAACUGUAACUGGGAGUCCUAAAGUGAGAUUCUGGUACAAAAAAAGAGUCUGAAGUCUCCGAUUUGAUGUUUAAAUGACGAAGAUCAGCUGUAGCUGAGCUGCUAAAGGAUACAAAUUUUUCAAUGGCAAACAUACACAGUUACUCAGAGAGAAUCAAGUUUCUAAAAUGGAGAGGAUCAGCAGGAAAAAAAAAAACUUCUGGAAAAGAUCUAUCAGCAGGGUGAACCUUCUGAAGUUCAAUGAAUAUGUUUUAGUAAACAUUUGCCUAACAAAAAAAAAUGUAAAAUUCAAAACGAAAUAAAAGAUCAGGAGUGGUUUCAUUAGGAGACCUUGUUUCUGAAAAAAAAAUAUGAAAAGACGGUCAGCAGGUCAACUAGUAUGGGAAAGACAAUGAAUGCACAACAUCAGCCACACUAUCAAAAAGUCUGAUAUGGCAAUAAUCGUACUCGUCAUAGGAAUUAUUUUCACUGAUUUUUAUUUUUAAACCAGUACAAAAGAAGUCACAUUUGAAAUUUACCAAAUCAAUAAACAGAUCAAAGCUAUAAAUUAUACACAAUCUAUCUUUGAACACGUGCCAAAACUUUAUUGACAUUCAAAGCAAAACAGUGCACUGGCGCCAAAAAAGCGACACACCGGAUGUAUUGUGAAAAGGGGAAGUAACUCAACUGGAAGUAAAUGUGUAGUACGGUACUUCAGAAAGGAAAGCAGAGAAAGAAAUAUUAAAACAGCUAGGCAGUGGUAGUGAAUGCAACAUGCAGUCAUACUUGGAAUGUCUUAUCUGUGAAAGGUUGUUGAAAAGACCAGUACAGACCAAAAAUGGUCACAGGUUUUGUGAAGGGUGUUUUUUCAAAAGAAGGACUGGCAGACAGCGAUGUAUUCUAUGUGUUGAAGAUGAAGUGCCUCAAACACAAGACUGUUUCAAUCUGGGAAUAGAGUUCAUAUAUGGUGACAAGGCUGUAGUGUACGAUAUCUACAAACUGGAGGCACAGUGCAGGGAGUGCGGCUGUGUAGCAAACUACAGAGAAAUUAUGAAGAACCAUAUCAAAAACCCAUGCCAAGGAAGGAAUUGCUCAUAUAUUUAUCAGAUAUUCAACAAGCUGACCAGUAUGAUAUUAAACCUACAGUGUUCCAUCUGCAGUCCACCUCAUGACAGAAACAUUCAGUAAAAUUUUGGAUUAACCAGGAUUACACAAUUUUCUUGUACAGAGACCAAAUGUUUUGUUUAUUCUGCAUUUGCAGAAGUACAAGCCUGCACACAACAAGAUUUUUAGUAUAUGUUGAACAGAAUUUGUAAAAAUGUAAAGGCAAGUCAUGAAACCUGCAUCUCUCUAGAUUUACAAUUGAACAUUUAGUUCAACUAUGGGAUUGUAUAGAUUUACAGCUGGAAGUGUGCGAUAACUAGCAUUUCAUUAACCCUUAAAUUGAAUUUUUCUUAACUUUCUUAAGAAUUCAUUUUUUAAUUUCAAUGUUAAUAGAUAAAACUGCUGUUUUAUUCUGAUUAUAAACCAUCAUUAUCUUGAUAUUGUACCAAUUCAUACCUUUGUUGUAGUCCAGUAGAUUACAUGAGAGCUUGGGUCAUGCUCUAUAUCUUCUACCUGGUACACCCUGCUGUACAACAAUGAAGGCAACCUGUUCAAAUUAUAAAAUUAUUGAUAUUAAGGUAGUUCUGCACGUUUGAAAAACCGGAAGUGAUGGCGUAACGUUAUUUAUCCGGAAAACGUAGAAUAUAGAGAAAAUCAGUUUAUGAAUUAAUAGAAACCUGUGAGUAAAUUUAUUACAAUGGCACUGUUGAUAUAUUGUUAAAGUCAAAAUAUGAUAGUAAAACAUAUGGCAGGAUAAAAAAAUCAAAAUAAUGUGUUAAAAUUAGCAUAAUAUGUCCCAUUCACUUUAAUGUUGGUUAAAUAUCUUAAAAAUAAGCAUACUGACCUAUACAUUUUAUUUCACCAAAUUACAGUCCAUAUGUUUAUUAACAACCAUGGGAAGCUUCAUCAAAAUCUACAUUGUAGAAAAAAUUCUAUUCGGGAAAAUGUUAUAAAAGUUAUGAUUUUCCCAUAGACUCCCAUUAUGAAAUAUUGCAUGAGGUCAAAAAUUUUCAAAGCAGUCUAGCAAAAAAUCAAGCGCAUGACCCUAUCUUUUUUAUUUGCUGAAUUUUCUAGGUAUAUUCUGAAGUUUUGAAAAAUCAGAGUUUAAUCAAAUUCUACAUUGUAGAAAAAAUUUCAAUCCAAACGUGCAGAACUACCUUAAAGGUCAUAGGAAUGGUUUUUAUUUUCAACAUUUUUCUUUACAUAUCACCUUUCUAUGUCUAAAAACAACAUAAAAGUAUCAAUUUAUGUUUGUUUAUCUUUUUAUAAUACAUUUUAUACCAACAAAAAAAGUGCCUUCCAAAAAAAAUUACAUGGCUUAUUUCCCCUGAAUACUCUCGAAAAGGUGUGCGUUUUAUCUACACAUUGUCAUUUUCACAAGCGAUUAUCACACGUCCGGAACUUGAAACUUGCAAAAUAAAAAAUAAAGAAUACCAAUUAAAUUAUUAUAAUGAAUAUCGAGUUUGAUGAGGAAUUAGACAAAUGUGUAACAUGUAAAACAAGUAACAAUAUGCAAUGUGAGAUUGUUGUAAUGUGACAUUGUAGUUUUGCAUGUUCACUUUAUUUUUUCCUACUGUGUAGGCUUUUAUUUAACUACAAUCAAGUUUUCAUAAUGAGAGUCUACAGGAAAAUAGUUUUGAUGAAAUUUUUGCAUACAGAAAAUUUUUUACAAUGUAGAUUUGAAUGAAUCUGUCAUAAUUGUAAAUUUACAUAUUGUUUUUCAUUUGAUAAAAGAAAAUAUGUAAUAGUCUAGUCAAGAUUUCAAUAAAGUCUGCAUGCUUAUGUCUGAGAUGAAGUCUGCAAAGUUUUCACACGUCAACAUUUAUAUUCAUAUCUUUAAUCUUUUGAAAGAUACAAACAUUGCCAGUAUUAUCAAUAAAACAAAAGUUUCCAUUUUUUCAUGGUUUGACGUUUCCGUAUUCCGGAUCAGGGCGUUAUUCUUUGUUUUACAGAUAAAUGAUGCACUGUCAUCAGUUCAAGUUUAUACAAUAUACUACCUUACAGUGGCAUUAUGCACCACAUCUUACUGCACAUAGUGUGGUUUUUGGUGAAUGUUUUAUAAAAGCAAUUUUCAGUUGCCAUGUAAUUUAAUGUGUUAAAUAACGAUAAUGCCUUAUAAGUAUUUGAAGUUGAUGCUUUAGAAAUAAAGAAAUUGGACAAAUAAAAUAAUAGUUUUUUCCUUCAAUCUUCUACACAGUGAUCUCCCUUACCUAUAAGUUAAGAUUUCGGAAGUUGAAGGGAAGCAACUCCUGAAUGCAUUUUGACUUUUCUUUAAAAAAGAACUGUCAAAAUAAGAAAAGUCAUAUAUGGAAACUUAUCAUUUUAUACUGGUAACAGGAAGAGUUUGGUUUUCUGUUUAAACUAGAUUUGUACAUGAAAAAUGCACAUAAUUCCACUUCACGUGAAAAAUGGCUUAGUAACAUGGCAAUUUUUCAUUUAUGUUAUAUUUGAUGUAAUAUAAGGCAAUAAAUGUGUUUUUAAAACUA